UUUAGUAAAUAUCGGUUGUUACUAUUAAUUGACUGGAGAUUUGAUACUAUUAAUAGAUUAUUCUCAGCAGAAUUAUAAUAGAUUGUUCCAUAACGCCGUAAUCAGUCUCUACGCUGGUCAACUGUAAACACCACUGGCACUGGCCCAUCACUGAAGACAACAUAAGAACAGCGUCAUAUGAGGUGCAAUGGCUACAGCAUCAGAUUCAUCAUCACCAGAAUAUGCUACACUAAAAGAAAUGUUUGGUGCUCUUGUUGAUAAUUUAGUUGCCAAUGCUCCUGUUAUUGCUCCACUAAACAAUCACCUGCUUUCAUCUGGCCUCAUUCCUGAAGCAGCAUUCAAUACAGUUCAGUAUCUUGGUCCCGGAUCUACUCCUUAUGACAGGUGUAAUAGUAUGCUUACUCCAGUACUAGCAAAAGUUGAAAGCAACCCUGCCUGCUUUAAUUCUUUAAUUAAAUCACUAGAAAAAGUAAAGCUAGAUGAUAUUGUUGUGAAACUAAAGGACAAGUUAAAAAGUAGAAAAAGAGCAUGUGAAGGUCAAAAAGAAAAGGAGCGCAAUGAUACACAAACUGAUUCAGAAUCGACCAGCACUGAUGAAGAAGUAGAUCCACUGCCCUUUCCAUUAGUAUCUAUACCCCCAGAUCUUUCUUAUACUACAAUUGGAAAGAUGACAGAAGACUUAGAAUUUCUCAGCAUUGACGUAGCAGCUACAAUUUUGCUUGAUCAGGAAUUAAGUAGUCUAUUUGCACCAAGCUCAUCACGACCACAUUUGCAACAAUUUUGUGAACAAGUUUUUAACUAUGUAAAAUAUCAUCGAAGAAGUUAUCCUUCUGAAGUUGAUGAAGAACCAGAAUCUGAAGAAAGUGAAGAAAAGCCUCAUGAUUUGUCUCCAGAUGACAUUAGUCGUGUUUUUGAAGUUGGAAUUUUUUUUCUUGCAAUACUAGCAUUAUUUGAAGCUAAGACUGAAAUAUUAAAGGUGGCAGUUAGUUCCGAAAAGCAGCAUAAAGCGAACUUGCUACAUCACGCUUCAAAGCAUGGAUGGGUUAGUGUAAUUGAUGCACUAAUCAAACAGCAUGGCUUUGAUCCUGCAUCAACUGAUGCAAUUAACCAAACAGCUGUUCAUUAUGCUGCUAAACAUGCUGAAUAUGAAGCAUUCAAAAUUCUAGUUACAAAUCACAAUUGUGAUCCCAUGUGCAGAAAUUCAAAAGGUGAAACCCCACUACUGUUUGCAAUUGAAUCUGGCUCCAUUGAAAUUGUUAAAUAUUACAAAACAUUGCCACUUGGCUGUGAUGGUAAUACUCCUUAUAAUGACUGGUAG